AAACAACAUACAGGUAGCCGUUUCCCCUCUCGUGCCAGCCUUAGUCUUCGUCUACCGCACCGACCCUUCUCUUCGACUUUAGUCUGCUACGAUUCUGCUAUCUUUCUGCCAGCCUUGUUGAUUCUGUUUCGUCCUCUUUCUUUUAUUUUGGAGCAUUCUUUUAUUUUUUCCCGUUUCAACAAGGCACACGUCAUUGCCUCCUCUCAACACCAUCCGCCACGCCAAAUCGUUGCAUCUUCGAUCCCCGACCCCUCUUCCACCCAUACAUCCUUUGGAAAGCUGUUUUUCGCAGCAUGCCUCGUGCAAAGUGAUCAAGCAACAAUGUCGACGGCCUCUAGAUCGUCGUUCCAGCCCAGCAGGCGGCUGAACAAUAGCAGCAGAAGCUCUGCCCGAGCCCGAGACCAUUCGCGAUCCCGAUCUAUAGCACAACGCACUGUCGAUCAUGAAGAGGCACGCUCGUUUGCCCUGCGUACGGCAUUCCUCCACUAUAUUCUCCAGCCCAAGGCAAAGAGAAAACAAUACGUCCCUGCUGCCCCAAAAGCCCCGACGCGAACGCAUACGAGUGUCGGUGUACUAGUCCAAGAAUACGUGUCUGGCAGCUCGUCCUCACUGAAGCUUCCUAGCAACUUCGCGUCUGUUUUGUUAGACAGAGUCGGUGGAGUUUUAAGGGGAAGUGAACCGCUUCCUGGCUUCAGUGAUGCUGCAGUGAAGAGAAGCUUCGCAGAGGCAUACACAGCCUUCUCGGAAAAGAACUUUCGCAAGACAAUGGAUAAAGAACGAAAGUUUGAGCCUCUAGUUCUGAUAUUCUACUCAUCAGCCACAAAGGCGGCCCAAAAGGGUCGCGCUCCGGAUGACGACUCCUGGAAGACGUUACCAGAUCGACAUCUUGCCAUGUUUGUCAGGCUGUCGGCCAAUGUGUUGAAAGAGACUGGCCAUGAGCGCGACCGACCCGAACUCAUGUCAAGACUGAAUACAUUGGAAAAUAAACUCCUGACCAAUGAUCAGGAUUUGGUGGGUGGCAGCACUGACUCUACUGGAACCACCAUUGAAGUAACGGUUCCGCUGAGCUAUGAUGUAAAGGAUAUGGGCAUGGUGCAAGUCGUUGCCGGAAUCUUUGGCAUGAGUCUGUCAGAUGUUCAGGCAGAAAUAAACGAAAAGAAGGGUAUAUGGACAGAAGAGGCUGCUCUGAAGGACUUGAAAACGUACCAGCACAGACUCAAUUCGGAUCUGUCAGGAGCACUGAGCAAUGAGAGCUUCGAUGUUCAAGAAGCGUUUUUGGAGUGGAAAAAGGGCGAAGCACCGCAUCUAUCGCAGUUAUUGAUGGAAGUCCUCACGGCAAAACCAGAGCUCGCCAAAUCCUCCACAACGCAGAAAGUACCAAGUCGUCCGCAAUCCACAUACGGCGAGGAUCAAGCCUAUGCAGAUCUUAGUCGGGCUAUCGCGGCUGACGACGGUGCCUUUGAAUUCGACCCAGCAUCUGGCUUAUCCGCCUUGGCUCUCAGCGACGUGACCAGCAUUCGAACCGUAGAGACGGGUAUUUACACAUUUAUACCACCGGAACCUCGAUUAUUUUAUAAAUAUAUCCUCCAACAUGCUAUGGCAUACGACCAGCUUCACGCAGAUCCUUCGGCCGACUAUCAGCCUUUAUCAAAGGCGUCUAUGGAACUAAUGGAACAGCUCUGUGUUUGCUGGCGUGUCCCACAAAGCACUCGGCUGAUCGUUCUUCUAGAGGUAGCAGCCAAAAAGUUUAUGGAUCAGGAGAUUGUGCCAGAAGAGCUCGAUACCAUCUUUGAUUUUAUUAAGACGGCACAACCAGAGCAGAAAAAGCCACCUCAUAUUCAACAAUACGCGACACCUUUACCUGACAUUCCUACCAGCCGAUGGACUAUUAAGGAUUUUACCGUAUACAGAAACACCCUAUCAAGUCUACAUGACUCUUUACUUCGCGAGUUAUUCGGCCUUAUGGACAAAUGCUAUGAUAGCAAGCCUCCCGACAUUGGCGCAGUCUUGUUCAUCUUGGAAACGCAUAUUCGAGAAAAUGCCAACUUCGUAUCUAAACCUGAAGCUGUGGCUGAUUUUACAGAACAUCUCCAUCAGGCUCUUCGUGAGAAGGCGUCAGAAGUUUACCGAAUGUAUAUGCAGAAAGAGAUCCCACAGUACAAAGAAGAUUGGGAAUUUGCUCACGUCGUCAAGUUGGGGAAAUCUGUUACUAAGCUGUGCGACCGAAUUCGCAAGAGAUACAAGAGCAACCCCGAGAUUGUCGGUGUUAACCCGCUAUUGAUCCUCGUGGAGGAGGUGUUCCCCAAUUUUGAGAAUGACGCGGGUGCUAUCAUAAGCUCCGUCAUGACGCAUGCCGAUCAAAACGAACUGGAAAUCGAUAUUGAGGACGGCUUCGAGUUAUAUAAAGAAAUGGUAGAGAUUCGACGCAUCCACGAGCAAUCAUUACCAAGUCGACCAUUCACGUUCAACUUGGAGAACCAGUUAGUUGACUUUGUUUGGCGUUGGGUUGGAGCCGCAGAAAAGCGAAUGACGGACUUUGUCGAAGAGGCUAUCAAACAGGAUCAGUUCCAAGUGCGAACGCAUUCACCAGAGGACAUUCCUUUAGAUUCACAACGACACAGUGUAUCGGUUAUCGACCUUUUCAUGCUUUUCAACCAAACAGUUGACCAAGUCUAUAAGUUAGGGUGGGCAAAUCACGAGCACCAUGCUCGAUUUAUGAAUGCGCUUGCUCGUAGUUUCUCGGCUGGCAUCGGCCGAUACUGUGAGAUUCUAGAACAACGAUUUGGCAAAGAAAUGGAUCGACCAUCAGCAGAAGAACUCGCCGCUCAAGGUCGCACCACGCAAGAAAAAUGGAUGCAAUACGCCAAGGAUGCGUGGAACACGAAAGAAAAGGCAGAACCUUUCCAAUUUUUUGCUGAAUCAUUCGUCAAACUUAACAACGUAGAGUAUGCCAUGCAGGAACUGGAUAAGCUAGAGAAGUCGAUGAACGUCGACGGCUGCGCGGCUGCCAUCGAACGCAUUGAUGGACAUAAGAAGAACAUCCGAAAGCCGAGCAGGUACACUUUUACCAUUAAGGUGGUCGAAGCUGAAGACCUCAAAGCUUGCGAUCCAAACGGCUUUAGUGACCCGUACGUGGUGUUUGGUGAUGAAUACCAGAAGCGACUGCACAAGACGAGAAUCAUACACAAGAACCUCAACCCUCGAUGGGAUGAAUCGUUCGAUAUUACAGUCCAGGGCCCCGUUCACAUGAUCUCGACAAUUUGGGACUACGAUACAAUCGGAGAUCACGACUAUGUUGGCCGUACGUCUAUUAAGCUUGACCCCGGCCACUUCAGUGACUAUCUCCCUCGCGAAUUCUGGCUUGACCUUGACACCCAGGGUCGCCUACUUAUUCGUGUCAGCAUGGAGGGUGAACGCGAUGAUAUCCAGUUCCACUUUGGCAAAGCUUUCCGCCAUCUCAAGAGAACCGAACGAGACAUGGUUCGCAAAAUCACGGACAAGCUGACGACGCAAAUCAACUCUACGCUAUCUAUUCAGACACUACGCUCAAUCUUAGGGACCAACGGCAUGGCAUCGCAAGUCACAAAUCUAUGGAAAAAGAGAGUGCAGACUGCAGCACCAGCUUCUACUCCUCAGCAAGCUGAGAAUGCUUUAACACACCUCUUUACAUACUUUGACGAAAAUUUUGCAAUCAUGAAGCAAACGUUAACCGAUGCCACCAUGAUUGCAGUUAUGACUCGUCUCUGGAAAGAAGUUCUUAUGACUGUUGAAAACCUGUUGGUUCCUCCUGUCUCUGACAAACCUUCUAUCCAGAAGCCUCUGAGCCGCCAGGAAUUAGACAUUGUCUUUUACUGGCUUGAUCUGCUUUUCGGUUUCUUCAACGCGCGCGAUGAGGACUCUGGCGAGCAACUCGGCGUUCCGGCCGAAGUUCUCAAGUCGCCUAAGUGGCACGAACUGGCGUCGCUCAACUUCUUCUACUUCGAAGACAGCAACCAUCUGAUUCGGGAAUCUGAGAGAAUGGCGCUGGCCACCGCGCAACGGGCCAAGGAAGCCCUCCUUCAGCACAACCAGCAUACACCUGUCACGGCUCCCAUGGCCGCUCUAGGAGGAAGCGCUGGCGGGUUUGCCAGCAUGGGCACCAUCCGACGUGGUAAGAGCAUUAUGAUGAGCCGCAACCUAGGCACCAUGCGCAAAGCAAAGGAGGCAAAGAGACGUGAAACACACGCCGACCCCAGUGACGAUAUGAUUCUGAGAAUCCUGCGUAUGAGACCCGAGGCCACGCAGUAUCUGAAAGAGAGGCACAGGCAAAAGGAAAGACAAGCCGCCACAGCGGCUGCCGCCCUUAUAGUGAGGAACAGCGUCGCUGCAGGCCGUAACUCGGCAGGAAGCUCCGCUGCGCAGUUUGGUAAAGGGCUCGUUCCUAGGAGAUAAAACGAGAAGAAGUCAGGGUUUUUUAUUACAAGUUUGUUUAGCGGUUGACGUUUUAAGUUUGCUCUACGGGAUUGCGUGUCGUUGUUCAUCCGCUUAGAGGUUGUGUGGGAGUUAUUCUUUACGGUUAAGCGCGCAUUUUCGUCCAUAUCAUACUGCUCUGCAUUUUAUAAUCAAUUGCUAUUAAACACACAACUGGAACGGAAAUAAAAAUUGUAACUGAAGAAAAAAAGAAAAUGCCUCGUAUUGAGAAAAGUUAUAAACUGAAUAUAUGUAAAAGUAUGUUCGGGAAACAGAAGGGUAAGAAAACAAGAGAGAAUGAAAGCCAAAGAGCGUGUGCGUGUUUGUCACCACCGAAUAUUUACAACUCUACUUCUUCCAGAAGCUUGUGGAGGCACUGGGAGGUACCAGCUCCUUGCUGGUUCCCCAUGUCGACUCCUUGGGGCCGAGUUCGAGCUCCAGGAGGCCGCCUUCUUGGAAGAACUUGUGGGUGAUCCAGUUCUUGUUGUAGGGUUCGCCGUUGAGCGUGGCGUUCUGGAUGUAGAUGUUGGUGUAACUAGCAUCGAAGUUCUUGUUGCGGAUGGUGGCAGUCUUGCCAGUGAGGUCGUUCUUGAUGCAGACCUCCUUGAAGAAGGGCGGGAUGAUGAGGUACACGUCCUGGCCACUCAUGGGGAAGAUGCCCAUCAUGGUGAGGGAGCUGAAGCUGCCCAUGGCACCAGAGUCGUCAUUGCCGGGAAGGCCACCAAUGGUAUCGUUGAAGGAGCCGGGAACAUACUUGUGGGCGUAGUAGGAAGACAACGCGGGGCGGGCAAUGUAGUGGAAGAGGAAAAGAAGGAUGUAGGCCUGCUCGUCGCCAAUGUAGAAUAGGCCAGGGGUGUCGUGGAAGUAGCGCAGACGGCGGAGGAACUCGUCAGUGCCACCGAGCGUGGGGAUCAACGUAGCCUGGUCGUGGGGGAUGUAGAAGGUGUAGAGCCAAGAACCGCCUUCGUAUGUCUCGUGGCCAUCGGGGUUGAGGUAGCACGAGUAGAAGUUGUCGAGCAUGGUGCAGAAAGCAGGGUCUUGGUAGCCAAAGGUACCGUUGAGGUAACGGGGCUGAAGGAAACCCUUGAAGUUACCGUUGGCGGUGACGAUAGACUUGGACUCGGGGUCAAACAUGUUCUUCCAGUUGCCAGAGCGCUUGAGGUACUUCUCAGCGUCAUCAAACUUGCCCAUCUCGCGAGCCAUCUCGGCAAUACAGAAAUCGUUGUAGGAGUAUUCAACAGUACGAGAAACAGAGCGAGAGAAGAUACCAACGCCGUACGGGUCAAAGUCAUCAGUAGGAAUGUAGCCGAGGCUCUUCCAGCUGGUAAGACCACCACGGCCCUCAACUGUCCACAUGGCGGGCUCCUCCUCGGCGUCAGAGACGACAGCUUCGUAGCCGGUCUCCCAGUCGAUGCCGUCGCGAAGACCCUUGAGGUAAGAAUCGGCCAAGACGUUGUCGGCGUUACUGCCACCCUGGGUGAAGCCCUUGCACAGACUCAUUCUGCAGUCAGGAAGCUUGCCUUCAUUUCUGUAAACAUCGAUCAAACUGCGGAUCAUGAGAGUCUGGACCU